CUUUUUGUUUUCUGUCUUCUCCCUCUCUCUUCCUCGGUUUCUUCUCCGAUCAUUCUCCGAGUGGCCAACCUGGACGUGGGUGUGAAUUGGGGAACAAUAGCAUCCCACCCAAUAAAUCCAAGCAUUGUGGUCAACUUGCUCAAAGACAAUGGGAUCAAGAAGGUUAAGCUCUUCGAUUCAGACUCUUGGAUAAUGGGUGCAUUGGCUGGUUCCAAAAUUGAGACCGUUGUGGCCAUUCCUAAUGACCAGCUUCAGAAAUUUGCUAAUGAUUACGACCUUGCUAAGGAUUGGGUUAAGGAAAAUGUCACCGCCUAUAUUUACAACGGAGGCGUCGAUAUCAGGUACGUAGCUGUGGGAAACGAACCAUUUUUAACGGGCUUCAAUGGAAGCUACAUAAAACUAACAUUUCCGGCCAUGCAAAACAUACAAAAGGCUCUCAAUGAUGCUGGCCAUGGUGACAAGAUCAAAGUAACAACGCCGCUGAAUGCCGAUGUCUACGAGUCACCAUCGAACCAGCCCUCGGAUGGGCGGUUCCGAUCAGACAUCCAUGACACAAUGAAAAAUAUAGUUCAUUUCCUAAGCAGCAACAAUGCUCCCUUCAUGGUGAACAUCUACCCUUUCCUCAGUCUCUACCAGAACCCCGACUUUCCAAUCGACUUUGCUUUCUUAGACAGUUCCGGGAAGUCGAUAAAUGACAAGGGAAAGACAUAUACAAACGUGUUCGAUGCAAACUACGACACGCUAGUCUGGUCGUUGAAGAAGAUCGGUGAGGGGGAUUUGAAGAUCGUCGUAGGAGAGGUGGGGUGGCCGACCGACGCUAAUAAGUAUGCUAACUUGGAGUUGGCGAAGAGGUUUUAUGAUGGGCUGUUUAAGAAUCUGGCUAGCAAGAAGGGGACUCCCAUGAGGCCAGAUGAGAAGCUUGAAAUUUAUUUGUUUAGCCUUUUUGAUGAGGAUAUGAAGAGCGUUCUCCCUGGCUUCUUUGAGCGCCAUUGGGGAAUUUUCAGGUAUGAUGGGAAACCAAAGUUCCCGAUGGACUUAGCAGGCAAUGGGAAUGACAAGAUGCCAGUUGCAGCAAAGGGAGUUCAAUACUUGGAAAAAAAAUGGUGUGUGAUUAAGAACAGCAUCGAGGACUUAACAUCAGAAGUAAGUCAGAUCGACUAUGCCUGCUCCUUGUCCGACUGCACAACCUUGGUGUUUGGAUCUUCAUGCAACGACUUGAACGCUAGAGGCAACUUUUCUUUUGCUUACAACAUGUAUUUCCAGAUGCAAGACCAGAGCGUUGAAGCUUGUGAUUUUGGUGGAUCUGCUGAGAUUGUCACCAAAAAUGCCUCCGUUGGCACUUGCUUGUUCCCCAUCCAGAUUGUCAGCGCUGGGCACCAGUUGACGAUGAUGAAUGUCGUCCCCUUUGUGUCCACCGUAUUUGUAACGAUUCUAUUUUCCGUAAUAUAA